AUGCACGAAAUGCUCUUACAGGUUUCAGUAGAUGAAAUGGAUAACGUAAGCGCGGUUGAUGUUUCUAACCGUGGUUUGUCGAUAAUGGAGAUAACAAGUGAAACGGCUUUGACAUCUGAAAGAUCUGACAAUGAGGUCGAUACUUCUGAUACUAUUUUAUCGACACCGCAACAUCAAUGUGCUUUGACAGCAGGAAUGGAUAAGAAUAAGGUUGAUACUACUGUUGUAUCGACGACACAGGAAUCAACUGAUACUGUUUUAUCGACACCGCAACAUCAAUGUGCUUUGCCAGCAGGAAUAGACAAGAAUAAGGUUGAUACUACUGUUGUAUCGACGACACAGGAAUCAAGUCGUGUUGAUGCUUCAUACAGCGCUUUACCGACACCUCAACAUCAAACUACUUUGUCAGCAGGUAUAGCUAACAACAGGGUUGAUACUACGAACCCUGUUUUAUCGACAGCGGCAGCGCAGGAAUCUAGUCAAUCGUCUUUUACAGUUAAGGUUAACAAUGGUGCUGCUUCUUUGAAAGCAGCAAUAGCUAAAGGAGUUAAUAAUUCAUAUCCUGUUUUAUCGACCGCACAGGAAUCAAGCCAGCCGGCUUUUCCAUCUGGAAUAGGUCACAAUGGUGUAAAUUCCUCUAAUCCUUUACCGACAUCGCAAGAUCAAGCUUCUGUAGCAGCAGGUAUAGCUAAUAAUUGGUUUGAUGCGUCUUACACUGAUUUACCUAUGAGGCAGGAGUCAAAUCCAACGACUUUUACUCCUAGAAUGGUAAACAACGGUGUUAAUUACCCUGCAUUACCGACACAAGAUACAACUAAUAUGACAGGUAGAUUACCUUACGUAGGUGGGUUCGAUACGCCCUAUCCUGUUUUAUCGCCAACGCAACAAUCAAGACAACCUGCUUUUCCAUAUGGAUUAGAUAACAAUGGUUUUAAUGCUUUACCGACACCUCAAGUAAAUGGGUUUGAUACGCCCUAUCCUGUUUUAUCGCCAACGCAACAAUCAAGACAACCUGCUUUUCCAUAUGGAUUAGAUAACAAUGGUUUUAAUGCUUUUCCGACACCGCAAAAUCAUACUGGCGUGACAGCAGGAAUAGCCAACAAUUGGGUAGAUAUGUCAUACCCUGCUAUACCGACACCGCAUCAUCAAACUCAUAUGUCAGCCAACAAUUGGGUAGAUUCAUCUUACCCUGUGUUACCGCCAACGCAGCAAUCGAGUCAAAAUACUUUUCCGUAUGGCAUAGAUAAUAACGGAUUUAAUCCUUUUAACCCUGCUUUUCCAACACCACAUGAUCAAGGUCUGGAAGGCGUAGCUAACAAUUGGGUUGAUAAUUCACCCAUUUAUUCACCAACGCAGCAAUCAAUUCCAACAGCUUUUCCAUAUGGAUUCGUUGAUAACGGUUUUAAUACUCCGUACCCUGUUUUACCGACACCGCAAGAUCUAGGUGUUACGGAUAACAAUUGGUAUUAUACAUACCACUCUGCUUUCCCGCCACAACAGGAAUUCAGCCAUACGGCUACUCCCACAAUAACGGAAAUACCCAUAGACCCAACCAUGCAGGAACAUUUCCAAAUGGCUACUGAAAUGCCACAUUUUGGUGGUAAUUUUGGCGCUUUUACUCCUAUCAAUCCAAGAAUGCAAGCGUUAUUAUCGAACCAAAUUCCUUUCAACACGGACAAUAGUGCUUGGUUUAUGCUCAAUGGUAAUCCUUUUCCUAAUUUUCCUCCAGUAAAUAACCAAAUGGGUGCCAAUGUAAACGAAGGACCUUAUCCAGUGCUUAUAAGGCCUUUAACGCCGAUUCUAAUUCGGUCAACUCCUACGUAUUCACAAUACGUUACGCCAGUCAGUGUAAUGUAUUAUAUGACUAAUAUUGGUAUUUCGAAUGCCUGGGUCUUCCAUAGUAAAGUUUAUUAUAAAAAUAAAGGCAAAUCCAAUGUUUGA